AGCCUUCCUUCACCCUGUGUCGUCUUUUUAUUGCAUAUCCCCACCCUGUGAAUCGUUGAACACUUCCUUGUACAAACAUACACUUCGGCCACUUACGGAUUCUCCGAGGAGUUCCGAUUCGUGCAUAACUGUCCGCGUUGCACAACUUUUGGAGAAGCGCUACGCAAAAACGACAACUGAUUUUUAUCUCCAGUAACGCAGAAAUAUUCGACUGUUCGGGCGAUGUCUCUUUCAACGAAUGUUUACUUCCCGUUGCUGUUCGGAGAAAGAGAGUGGGGGAUACGUAAAAUGCAAACAUGUGUCUUUUUGAUGGGGCUGUUAUUUCCCCUUUGUGUACAUUCAAGUGCGCCAUCGACUCUACAGUUGGUAAAUUUGGUAUAUCGUCAUGGUGACCGGUCUCCUAUUCAGAUCUACCCAUUGGACAAGCAUCAGUUAAACAACACUCCAGAAUGGUCUGAUGGUCUGGGCUGGCUUUCUAAGUUGGGAAUGCAACAACAGUAUGCUACAGGUGUUUUCUUGAGACGACGGUAUGACGGGUUUCUGAGCAAGAAGUACAUCAACAAAGAGUUCAGUGUACAAAGUUCGGCCGUUGACCGCUGUCUGAUGUCUGCGUACAGCAACCUAGCGGGACUCUACCCGCCAACACCAGGGGAGGUGUGGAACCAGGACAUACACUGGCAGCCAAUACCAGUUUCCAUGGUACCCGAUCUACAGGACAGGAAACUGAGUCUUGAUAGCAAUUGUGCCCUGUAUAACAAGUUGAUUGACGAGAUGACACACUCAGAGGUUGUCAAGAAAGAGGAGGCCAAAAACAAGGCUUUCUACAAGUUUGUUUCUAAGCAAACUGGGGUUCCACACGAGAAUAUUUCAGUGGUGUGGAGUGUUGCGGACGUACUCUUCUGUGAGAAAGCACAAGGUUUGGAUUGGAAUAGCUGGGUGAAUGAUACGGUUUACGCAAAGAUUCGAGAGAUCAACAGAUUUGAUAUUCAGUUGCUCUAUUACACUAAAGAAAUGGCUCGACUUAAAGGAGGUCCGCUUCUGAAACAGUUCAUAGAGAAUAUGAAUGGGACGAUAAACGGAUCUGAUCCUGAGGCGAAAAUGUUCAUGUAUUCCGCACACGAUGUGACGGUGGUGGCAUUGCUGUCUGCGUUGGGGCUGUAUAACGACCAACCUCCGCCGUACACCGCCACUUUGAUUAUGGAGCUACACAAGGAGAAUGGACAGUACAACGUCCAGAUCUUCUACAGAAACUACACCACCAAUGAUACCAUGGAUACCAGGGAGCCGGUGCCACUGACAUUAAAGGAUUGUGAUUUCAAGUGUCCAAUGGAAACCUUCCUGAAACUGACAAAGGAUGCUGUUCCCACCAACUGGACAGAGGAAUGUAAAACAUCCAGUGGUGAUCACUCUCACAGGUUUAUAGUUAACUUAGCGACGAUUAUAGCUUCGAGCAUCAGUCUGACUGUGGUUGGCAUGUUAAUUGUCAUCAUCGCAAUCACGUGUAUACGUCGACGGCGUCAGGAAUCUCACAAGUCAUACAAUAAAUUUUUUACUUAGAA